GGAAGGGAAUGCGCUCGAGUUUGAUCCAAGGCUCACCCACAAAAUUGCGAUAAUAUCAGCGAUAUAUCCGUAUUUGAAGUCGACUUCUCACGGCUUCUCGUCACCAUGGGUGAUGCUCUCUGCGGACCAUCCAACCCGCUUCAGAACUUCCAGAAGCAUGCUGCUGUAGAUAGGACACUCCAUCAAGAUAGACUGAUAUCUCGACAGCCCCCCGGGCAAGGCUUUCGAUCACCGAAUCUCGCACAAGGAACCUUGGACUCGGAGUUUGCUGCGUUUGAGAACAAUAUAGCACCUCCUCCUCUGUCUGAUAUCCAGAAUAAGAGGCAUUUACAAUCGCCGAAUCCCCAUAUCCCAUUACAAAAUUAUGGAAAUAAUGCGGAUUGGGCAGCGGAUUUCCAAAGACUGAGUGUCUCAGGGCCGUCGCAUAUACUACCUCAACAUCAUAUGCCUGCAGGGCCAUCCGCAACUGGAAUUUCGCAACACAAUUGGCAAAAUGAGUUUAUGAAACAGCAGCAGCAGAGUAGAUUGUUAUAUUCAUCAACCCAACCAUACACCUCUACUUCUGGCUUUCAAACAUCCUUAGCCCUAGACCGCACUCUGCAAACCACCACAAUGAAUGAUUUUACACAGGGGCCAGCGAUGGACAAUCUCAAUUCGAAUGAAGUCUUUGACGAAUCUGCUUUCGAUGCUGCCUUCGAACAAGCGAGAGUCGAUCUAGAAUCCCAAUCACAUAUUCUACAGGAAGAGGAAAGCAGACAUGCCCUCGACGAGAUACCCCAACCAGAAAUACAAGCAGAGGAACACAGUGAACGCAUCCAAAUCGGGUCUGAUACUAUUCCGAGUGUCGAUAAAAAUGAUGUAUCAACUAAUCUGAAUGAUCACGACGAGCUUGCAAAGACCGCCGGGCAGCUCCUCGACAGCGUGAGCCAUGAUCAAAGCCAAAAAUUUAGGGAAAGCAAUUUCCUUGCUCUAAUGCGCCGUAUUCGGGACCGGGAAGUUCAUGUUGAAGGCGAAGAAUUCCGCGAAGUCAGUACUUAUCCAUGAUUCACAGGUUCGAGCGGCAGGCAUGAGCCCGGUAUAACUCGAUCAAUCUAAAUGGGUCCUCGUUCUUGCUAACCUGCUCUCAGGCCCCGCACCCACUACAUCCGGGUGGCCCCUACUAUCCCGAACAACGCCAUUCAAUGAAAAAACAUGGCUCUGUCACUGAAAUUACUCCUGUUGGGCAGAUAUCUAAGCUGGGCA